GACCCUUACUACAUGUAAUCCCAUACACACAGCAAGCCGAACCCUUACUACAUGUGAUCCCAUACACACAGCAAGACGAACCCUUACUACAUGUAAUCCCAUAUAUACAGCAAGCCGACCCCUUACUACAUGUGAUCCCAUACACACAGCCAGCCCCUUACUACAUGUAAUCCCAUAUACACAGCAAGCCGGCCCCUUACUACAUGUCAGAUCCCAUACACACAGCAAGCAAAACCCUUACUACAUGUGAUCCCAUACACACAGCAAGCCGGCCCCUUACUACAUGUAAUCCCAUACACACAGCAAACCGGACCCUUACUACAUGUAAUCCCAUACACACAGCAAACCGGACCCUUACUACAUGUGAUCCCAUACACACAGCAAACCGGACCCUUACUACAUGUAAUCCCAUACACACAGCAAGCCGAACCCUUACUACAUGUGAUCCCAUACACACAGCAAGACGAACCCUUACUACAUGUAAUCCCAUAUAUACAGCAAGCCGACCCCUUACUACAUGUGAUCCCAUACACACAGCCAGCCCCUUACUACAUGUAAUCCCAUAUACACAGCAAGCCGGCCCCUUACUACAUGUCAGAUCCCAUACACACAGCAAGCAAAACCCUUACUACAUGUGAUCCCAUACACACAGCAAGCCGGCCCCUUACUACAUGUAAUCCCAUACACACAGCAAGCCGGCCCCUUACUACAUGUAAUCCCAAACACAGCAAGCCGGCCCCUUACUACAUGUGAUCCCAUACACACAGCCAGCCCCUUACUACAUGUAAUCCCAUAUACACAGCAAGCCGGCCCCUUACUACAUGUCAGAUCCCAUACACACAGCAAGCAAAACCCUUACUACAUGUGAUCCCAUACACACAGCAAGCCGGCCCCUUACUACAUGUAAUCCCAUACACACAGCAAGCCGGACCCUUACUACAUGUAAUCCCAAACACAGCAAGCCGGCCCCUUACUACAUGUGAUCCCAUACACACAGCCAGCCCCUUACUACAUGUAAUCCCAUAUACACAGCAAGCCGGCCCCUUACUACAUGUGAUCCCAUACACACAGCAAGCAAUACCCUUACUACAUGUGAUACCAUACACACAGCAAGCCGGCCCCUUACUACAUGUGAUCCCAUACACACAGUAAGUCAAACCUUUCCUACAUGUGAUACCAUACACACAGCAAGCCGAACACUUACUACAUGUGAUCCCAUACACACAGCCGGCCCCUUACUACAUGUAAUCCCAUACACACGGCAAGCCGAACCCUUACUACAUGUUCAUUGCAUACACACAGCAAGCCGAACCCUUACUACAUGUAAUCCCAUACACACAGCAAGCCGAACCCUUACUACAUGUGAUCCCAUACACACAGCCAGCCCCUUACUACAUGUAAUCCCAUAUACACAGCAAGCCGGCCCCUUACUACAUGUGAUCCCAUACACACAGCAAGCAGAACCCUUACUACAUGUGAUCCCAUACACACAGCAAGCCGGCCCCUUACUACAUGUAAUCCCAAACACAGCAAGCUGAACCCUUACUACAUGUGAUCCCAUACACACAGCAAGCCGGCCCCUUACUACAUGUAAUCCCAAACACAGCAAGCUGAACCCUUACUACAUGUGAUCCCAUACACACAGUAAGUCAAACCCUUCCUACAUGUGAUACCAUACACACAGCAAGCCGAACCCUUACUACAUGUGAUCCCAUACACACAGCCGGCCCCUUACUACAUGUAAUCCCAUACACACGGCAGGCCGAACCCUUACUACAUGUUCAUCCCAUACACACAGCAAGCCGAACCCUUACUACAUGUGGGGGGUCAUUCCAAGUUGUUCGCUUGCUAGCAGAUUUUAGCAGCAUUGCACACGCUAUGCCUCCGCCCUCUGGGAGUGUAUUUUAGCUUAGCAGAAUUGUGAACGAAAGAUUAGCAGAAUUGCGAAUAGAAAAUUCUUGGCAGUUUCUGAGUAGCUCGAGACUUACUCCUACACUGCGAUCAGCUCAGCCCGUUUCGUUCCUGGUUUGACGUCACAAACACGCCCUGCGUUCGGCCAGCCACUCCACCGUUUCUCCAGACUGCUGCAUUAUGUCUGACGUAAAGAUGGGGACGUGGAACGUGGGAGGAUUCAAUUCGCCAGCGAAGAGAAGAAAGUACAAAGAGGUAAACAUGGCGACGCAGGUUUCCAGCUCACAAGCGCCUCAGUGCACUCUGGGCUCGGAGGAGUACAGUCUGUACAGCAGCAUGAGUGAGGAAGAACUGAUACAGAUGGCCAUUGAGCAAAGUCUCACUGAGAAUAGCACCAGCCAACCAACUGCCCACAGCCAUCAGAAGCUAGCCCCCAACGUCAAUGCAGAAUCAACAGCUGCUGCCAACUGGACACAGAGACCCUCUCACCGACCACCUCGCCCCAGCAACAGGUCAUCCCAGGCCGGCGCUGCGCAGCCCCCCAACUCUGGCUCCAACAGAGGGAUCGUCAAGAAGAGAUACGAUGGGAGCUACUUCGCUACCACACCGACUACGGAAAUAAACCCUAUUGAGGAGAUGAUCAAGAACAAAGAAGAGGAGGCCCUGAAUAAUCUAAUAAAAUCCAGGAAGAGUCUUUGUGAGCCCAACAAAGAUGGGUGGCUGCCCCUGCACGAAGCGGCCUAUUAUGGCUCCCUGGGGUGUCUGAAGGUUUUACUUAAAGCGUAUCCUACAACCAUCGAUCAGCGAACGCUGCAGGAGGAGACUGCGCUGUACCUCGCUGUUGUAUUUGGAAACUUGGAUUGUCUGGAGUUUCUGCUGCAGUCUGGGGCCGAGACGGAUAUUGUGAACAACUCCAGGGAAACCCCACUAUAUAAAGCUUGUGAGCGGAGGAACACCGAGGCAGUCCGGUUGCUGGUGGAGUACAGAGCUGAUGUCAACCACAGGUGUAAUCAAGGCUGGACGGCGCUACACGAGGCAGUGGCGAGAAAUGACCUGGACAUCAUCGAUAUCUUGGUGAAGGGAGGGGCAAAGAUCGAAGCUAAGAACUGUUACGGCAUCACCCCAUUAUUUGUGGCAGCACAGAGCGGACAACUGGAUGCUUUGCGAUACAUAGUGAAAUGCGGAGCUGACAUAAACACCCAGGCGAACGACAAUGCCAGCGCACUGUUUGAAGCCUGCAAAAAUGGACACAACCACAUUGUAGAGUUUCUCCUGUCACAGGGAGCUGAUGCCAACAAACACAACAAGGACGGGUUCCUGCCCAUCCACAUUGCCUCCAAGAAGCGGGACAACGACCAGAUUGUGUCAAUGCUCAUACCGGUGACAAGUCGCACGCGAGUCAAACGGAGUGGCAUCAGCCCCCUCCACAUAGCCGCCGAGCGCAACAAUGACGACAUCUUGGAAGAACUGAUCAAUGCCGGCUACGACGUCAACUUCACUCUAUCCUUUGACCGAGCCAGACUGUAUGAGGACAGGCGCAGUACCGCGCUCUACUUUGCUGUCAUGAAUAACAAUUUUAACACAACACAGAUGCUCCUGGAAGCUGGAUCUAAUCCCAACAUAGAUAUUAUCAAUCCGCUAUUGAUCUCCAUACGACAGGGCUGUCUAACCACUAUGAAGAUGCUCCUAGACCAUGGGGCCAAUAUUAACGCCUAUAUCUCCACCCACCCCACCUCCUUCCCAGCCACCAUCAUGUUCUCCAUGAAGUAUCUGAGCUUGUUGAAAUACGUCAUGGAUCUUGGCUGUGAUGCAGACUCCUGUUUUACAUGUCAGUAUGGAAACGGAACUCAUCCUCCCAUUGAGCUUAACCGGAAUCAGGAUCAUAUACCCCAAGAGCGUAAACAGCCCAAAAUUGUGCAGUUCUGUGAGAUGGUUUCUACACCUGAAUUUAGUCGCUGGGCUGGACCCAUUAUAGAUGUCCUGCUGGAUUAUGUGGGAAAUGUGAAGCUUUGCUCACGCUUACAAGAACAUUUAGACAGCUAUGCCGACUGGGAGUGCAUUAAAGUAAAAUCAGAACCUCCCCGGCCCCUGACUCACUUGUGUCGCCUGAAAGUGCGGAACUUGAUAGGAAGCAAUCGCAUCACACUGCUGGACACCCUGCCUCUUCCAUGCAGACUGAUCCGCUACCUCAGCUACGAUACCUCUGAUGUGUGCUAGCCGAGGUACCUGGGAGUGUGCCAGGGGAAUGUAAACAGGUGAUGGAUUAUUAAUGGAAUUUUAUGGUGCCAGCGGAAGUUCUGCACCUACUGGCCAGUGUUGGUCGUGCAAGAUGUGGCACAGGUGUGUUCCUAUUGGGAUGUAGUCAUGUGACCCAGGUGUGUUCCUAUUGGGAUGUAGUCAUGUGACCCAGGUGUGUUCCUAUUACGGUACUCCAAGGACAACUUGAGCCAUAGAAGGGUAAGGUUACUGUGCACCUAUCAGAAUGGCGAAGAGGUACUUUUUCCGAAGAGAACUCUAUACACAUUGGCAGCAAUCAUUUUGUGAGCCCACUGUACACUAAAGGUUACGCACAUCGACUAUUUUAUAGACUAUUCCGUCACUUAUUGUCACUUUAUAUUUAAUAGUUUUGCAUGAAUAUUGGAUUGUUAAGCAUGUCAUUAUUUUUGGAAUGAUCAUCAGCUGAUUUGCGCCGCGUCUGACGCUAUGGACAACAGUUUUGUUCAAACCUGAUUCCAGUUCUUUUAUUGUCUGCUCUGACCCAUGUAAAUUACAUGUAUCUACGACGACCUGAUUAAUUAUAAAUAACUAUGGUGAGCAGUUAUAAUUUGGUUUGUCGGUCCGCCCGAUACCUCAGGCUUUAGAACUUUUGCUGAAUAAGUAGACUUCAGUAUCAGAAGCAAAACCAGAAUCAAUGAAAAUGAAUUGGAUCUGAUUUAGAGCCCAUUUCCAGCGUGAGCAAUGAUGUAUUUCCAUAAUGCGCAUUUGUGUACCAAAUUGUCGAUAUUUCGGUAUGUUAGACUGGCGUCCCCUUGAGUUUGAAAAGAAGUGUCAGGGACGGUGAGUACAGUGAGGGCAUGGAGGCGCAAAUCUCAAAGACGUGUCUGAUAUAGGGGAAGAUUAUCAAACCUUGGAGAGAGAUAAAGUGGUGAGAGAAAGCACAAACCAAUCAACUCCUAACCGUCAAGUUACAUGCUGUGUUUGGAAAAUUACAGAAGCUGAUUGGUUUGUACUUGAUCUCUCUCCACUCUCUCCAAAGUUUGCUACAUCUCCCCCUUUGGCUGUAAGAUGCUGCUUUUAGGAUGAGUAUCUUUGCACGUCCUAUAGCAUGGUGUUAUUGUCCUCGUUGACGAUGAGAACAUAUUUAUUCUAUAUAGGCUAGAACUCUAAAUAUAAUUUGCCAUCUUGCAGCCACAGUUUUAUGCCGCUGUUUGCUGUGUUUUUGUGAAGCUGCCCCUAUACAGUAAGAAUAACCAUGUUAUUUACCUGACACUCUCAGGACAGAAAUGCCAUUUAUCAUUAUGUAUCAUUUGCUCUGUAUGAUUAAUGCAGCUCUGUCUGUAGAAAGUGAUGUGAAACCCCAUUUGUACACUCAUGGCAUGACGCAGGGCACAGUUAUACCUACUGAGUCCCCAUAGCAAACUUUUCACACCCUCAGUGUUGGACUGGGGCAUGAAAAGCCCACCAGGGUAUUGUAGCGGAAGGGUCCCAUGUUUAGGGGUGUGUCCAGUUUCCAGAGGGGGUGUGGCCAGCCACCAGAGAGGCGUGGCUAACCAUUAGCACAGGCAUUGCCGAGUCCCUGCCUGGUGAAGUAUAAUACAGAUGUACAGACUGGCCGUGGCACAUGCGUAUGACAGCAGCCAGUGGAUGACAGCGGUAGGCUGACAGCUACAGCAAGAUGGAUGUCACCAAGGAGGGGGAUCUCAUAAGUAAUGUUAAAUACCAAUGGUAUGUUCACUAGUAUCACGGCGAUAAUAAAAUGUGCCGCUGGUAUUAAGGUUCAUUGGGGCAGAUGUAUUAACCUGGAGAAGGCAUAAGGAAGUGAUAAACCAGUGAUGAGUGCAAGGUGAUAAAGGCACCAGCCAAUCAGCUCCUAACUGUUAAUUUACAUAUUGGAGCUGAUUGGCUGGUGUGUGUAUCACAUCCAGGUUAAUACAUCUGCCCCAUUGUUACAUGGGGCCCUUAGAUGCUUGAAGGCUGGUGACGGCUGUGUGUUCAGUCUUCAGAAAUACUGACAGUAGUUGUCAUCCUAAAAUGAAUAAUAUACAAGUAAUGUCGGUGUUUCUAAUGACACUCAGAUGCCUCUUGUCUGUCAAUAUCCUGACAUUUUUUGAAAAUAUCUACAAUGUUUUCCAUAAAACAACCUGAGCUUUUUUUCAAGUGUAGACAAUUGCGAGUUGUGACUGACAGCGCCAAAGGAAGGAGGGGGUAUGGGAGAUCCUGUGGUGUUUGGGUAAUCAGCGCCCUCUAGUGGUGGCCAAAAUAUAUGCAUCAAAAUUCCCAAAACAACCAAACUACAAACUAAAGAUUCUGCAGACCCACAAUGGGGCUGGUACUGAGUUGUACGCAUCUCUUUGCACGGACGCAGAUGGCGAGGUUUUACAUACAGCUUAUGCACAGAAUUUAUACAUUUUUACGUAUCUCCAUCCCAGUCAUAUGGAACUCGGUCACAUCUAUGUUUCCAUGAAAUCUGGCAUUUGGGGACAGCAACAAUACGCGUGAACAGAAACAGCCGGACUUGUGGUAAUGUCAUAGGAGCGUCGUGGGUGUGUUUCUAAAGCUCUGUUCCCGCAGACAGGUAAGGGAAGCCUGUAUCUGGCAGAUCCCUUACACACAGCAGGGGCUGCUGGUGUAAUUGUUGAUAGUAUGCUAAACGUUUCAGUUGCGGCGGUUGACGUACAAUCACUGGAAGGCACAGCUAUAUGUAUGCAGACACAGGUAUAGGCACAGGUCUAUGUAUGCAGACACAGGUAUAGGCACAGGUAUAUGUAUGCAGGCACAGGUAUAGGCACAGCUAUAUGUAUGCAGACACAGGUAUAGGCACAGCUAUAUGUAUGCAGACACAGGUAUAGGCACAGGUAUAUGUAUGCAGACACAGGUAUAGGCACAGGUAUAUGUAUGCAGACACAGGUAUAGGCACAGGUAUAUGUAUGCAGACACAGGUAUAGGCACAGGUAUAUGUAUGCAGACACAGGUAUAGGCACAGCUAUAUGUAUGCAGACACAGGUAUAGGCACAGGUAUAUGUAUGCAGACACAGGUAUAGGCACAGGUAUAUGUAUGCAGACACAGGUAUAGGCACAGGUAUAUGUAUGCAGACACAGGUAUAGGCACAGGUAUAUGUAUGCAGACACAGGUAUAGGCACAGGUAUAUGUAUGCAGACACAGGUAUAGGCACAGCUAUAUAUAUGCAGACACAGGUAUAGGCACAGGUAUAUGUAUGCAGACACAGGUAUAGGCACAGGUAUAUGUAUGCAGACACAGGUAUAGGCACAGGUAUAUGUAUGCAGACACAGGUAUAGGCACAGGUAUAUGUAUGCAGACACAGGUAUAGGCACAGGUAUAUGUAUGCAGACACAGGUAUAGGCACAGGUAUAUGUAUGCAGACACAGGUAUAGGCACAGGUAUAUGUAUGCAGACACAGGUAUAGGCACAGGUAUAUGUAUGCAGACACAGGUAUAGGCACAGCUAUAUGUAUGCAGACACAGGUAUAGGCACAGGUAUAUGUAUGCAGACACAGGUAUAGGCACAGGUAUAUGUAUGCAGACAGAGGUAUAGGCACAGGAAUAUGUAUGCAGACACAGGUAUAGGCACAGGAAUAUGUAUGCAGACACAGGUAUAGGCACAGCUAUAUGUAUGCAGACACAGGUAUAGGCACAGGUAUAUGUAUGCAGACACAGGUAUAGGCACAGGAAUAUGUAUGCAGACACAGGUAUAGGCACAGGUAUAUGUAUGCAGACACAGGUAUAGGCACAGCUAUAUAUAUGCAGACACAGGUAUAGGCACAGGUAUAUGUAUGCAGACACAGGUAUAGGCACAGGUAUAUGUAUGCAGACAGAGGUAUAGGCACAGGAAUAUGUAUGCAGACACAGGUAUAGGCACAGGAAUAUGUAUGCAGACACAGGUAUAGGCACAGCUAUAUGUAUGCAGACACAGGUAUAGGCACAGGUAUAUGUAUGCAGACACAGGUAUAGGCACAGGAAUAUGUAUGCAGACACAGGUAUAGGCACAGCUAUAUGUAUGCAGACACAGGUAUAGGCACAGGUAUAUGUAUGCAGACACAGGUAUAGGCACAGGUAUAUGUAUGCAGACACAGGUAUAGGCACAGGUAUAUGUAUGCAGACACAGGUAUAGGCACAGCUAUAUGUAUGCAGACACAGGUAUAGGCACAGCUAUAUGUAUGCAGACACAGGUAUAGGCACAGCUAUAUGUAUGCAGACACAGGUAUAGGCACAGGUAUAUGUAUGCAGACACAGGUAUAGGCACAGCUAUAUGUAUGCAGACACAGGUAUAGGCACAGCUAUAUGUAUGCAGACACAGGUAUAGGCACAGCUAUAUGUAUGCAGACACAGGUAUAGGCACAGGUAUAGGCACAGGUAUAUGUAUGCAGACACAGGUAUAGGCACAGCUAUAUGUAUGCAGACACAGGUAUAGGCACAGGUAUAUGUAUGCAGACACAGGUAUAGGCACAGGUAUAUGUAUGCAGACACAGGUAUAGGCACAGGUAUAUGUAUGCAGACACAGGUAUAGGCACAGGUAUAUGUAUGCAGACACAGGUAUAGGCACAGGUAUAUGUAUGCAGACACAGGUAUAGGCACAGCUAUAUGUAUGCAGACACAGGUAUAGGCACAGGUAUAUGUAUACAGACACAGGUAUAGGCACAGGUAUAUGUAUGCAGACAGAGGUAUAGGCACAGGUAUAUGUAUGCAGACACAGGUAUAGGCACAGGUAUAUGUAUGCAGACACAGGUAUAGGCACAGGUAUAUGUAUGCAGACACAGGUAUAGGCACAGGUAUAUGUAUGCAGACACAGGUAUAGGCACAGGUAUAUGUAUGCAGACACAGGUAUAUGUAUGCAGACAGAGGUAUAGGCACAGGUAUAUGUAUACAGACACAGGUAUAGGCACAGGUAUAUGUAUGCAGACACAGGUAUAGGCACAGGUAUAUGUAUGCAGACAGAGGUAUAGGCACAGGUAUAUGUAUACAGACACAGGUAUAGGCACAGGUAUAUGUAUGCAGACACAGGUAUAGGCACAGGUAUAUGUAUGCAGACAGAGGUAUAGGCACAGGUAUAUGUAUGCAGACACAGGUAUAGGCACAGGUAUAUGUAUGCAGACACAGGUAUAGGCACAGGUAUAUGUAUGCAGGCACAGGUAUAGGCACAGGUAUAUGUAUGCAGGCACAGGUAUAGGCACAGGUGUAUGUAUGCAGACACAGGUAUAGGCACAGGUAUAUGUAUGCAGACACAGGUAUAGGCACAGCUAUAUGUAUGCAGACACAGGUAUAGGCACAGGUCUAUGUAUGCAGACACAGGUAUAGGCACAGGUAUAUGUAUGCAGACACAGGUAUAGGCACAGCUAUAUGUAUGCAGACAGAGGUAUAGGCACAGGUAUAUGUAUACAGACACAGGUAUAGGCACAGGUAUAUGUAUGCAGACACAGGUAUAGGCACAGGUAUAUGUAUGCAGACACAGGUAUAGGCACAGCUAUAUGUAUGCAGACACAGGUAUAGGCACAGCUAUAUGUAUGCAGACACAGGUAUAGGCACAGGUAUAUGUAUGCGGGACACAGGUAUAGGCACAGCUAUAUGUAUGCAGACACAGGUAUAGGCACAGGUAUAUGUAUGCAGACACAGGUAUAGGCACAGGUAUAUGUAUGCAGACACAGGUAUAGGCACAGGUAUAUGUAUGCGGGACACAGGUAUAGGCACAGGUAUAUGUAUGCAGACACAGGUAUAGGCACAGGUAUAUGUAUGCAGACACAGGUAUAGGCACAGGUAUAUGUAUGCAGGCACAGGUAUAGGCACAGGUAUAUGUAUGCAGGCACAGGUAUAGGCACAGGUGUAUGUAUGCAGACACAGGUAUAGGCACAGGUAUAUGUAUGCAGACACAGGUAUAGGCACAGCUAUAUGUAUGCAGACACAGGUAUAGGCACAGCUAUAUGUAUGCAGACACAGGUAUAGGCACAGGUCUAUGUAUGCAGACACAGGUAUAGGCACAGGUAUAUGUAUGCAGACACAGGUAUAGGCACAGGUAUAUGUAUGCAGACACAGGUAUAGGCACAGCUAUAUGUAUGCAGACAGAGGUAUAGGCACAGGUAUAUGUAUACAGACACAGGUAUAUGUAUGCAGACACAGGUAUAGGCACAGGUAUAUGUAUGCAGACACAGGUAUAGGCACAGCUAUAUGUAUGCAGACACAGGUAUAGGCACAGGUAUAUGUAUGCAGACACAGGUAUAGGCACAGGUAUAUGUAUGCAGACAGAGGUAUAGGCACAGGUAUAUGUAUGCAGACACAGGUAUAGGCACAGGUAUAUGUAUGCAGACACAGGUAUAGGCACAGCUAUAUGUAUGCAGACACAGGUAUAGGCACAGCUAUAUGUAUGCAGACACAGGUAUAGGCACAGGUAUAUGUAUGCGGGACACAGGUAUAGGCACAGGUAUAUGUAUGCAGGCACAGGUAUAUGUAUGCAGACACAGGUAUAGGCACAGCUAUGUAUGCAGACACAGGUAUAGGCACAGCUAUAUGUAUGCAGACACAGGUAUAGGCACAGGUAUAUGUAUGCAGACACAGGUAUAGGCACAGGUAUAUGUAUGCAGACACAGGUAUAGGCACAGGUAUAUGUAUGCAGACACAGGUAUAGGCACAGCUAUAUGUAUGCAGACACAGGUAUAGGCACAGGUAUAUGUAUGCAGACACAGGUAUAGGCACAGCUAUAUGUAUGCAGACACAGGUAUAGGCACAGCUAUAUGUAUGCAGACACAGGUAUAGGCACAGCUAUAUGUAUGCAGACACAGGUAUAGGCACAGCUAUAUGUAUGCAGACACAGGUAUAGGCACAGGUAUAUGUAUGCAGACACAGGUAUAGGCACAGGUAUAUGUAUGCAGACACAGGUAUAGGCACAGGUAUAGGCACAGGUAUAGGCACAGGUAUAUGUAUGCAGACACAGGUAUAGGCACAGGUAUAUGUAUGCAGACACAGGUAUAGGCACAGGUAUAUGUAUGCAGACACAGGUAUAGGCACAGGUAUAUGUAUGCAGACACAGGUAUAGGCACAGCUAUAUGUAUGCAGACACAGGUAUAGGCACAGGUAUGUGUAUGCAGACAGAGGUAUAGGCACAGGUAUAUGUAUGCAGACACAGGUAUAGGCACAGGUAUAUGUAUGCAGACACAGGUAUAGGCACAGGUAUAUGUAUGCAGACACAGGUAUAGGCACAGCUAUAUGUAUGCAGACACAGGUAUAGGCACAGGUAUAUGUAUGCAGACACAGGUAUAGGCACAGGUAUAUGUAUGCAGACACAGGUAUAGGCACAGCUAUAUGUAUGCAGACACAGGUAUAGGCACAGGUAUAUGUAUGCAGACACAGGUAUAGGCACAGCUAUAUGUAUGCAGACAGACAAACCUCCACAUCAGCUCUACGGAUAGCAUAAGGCAGUGAAUCAGACUUCCACAGGUGACUGCGAGAACAGCCACUUUGCUAAGAAUCAGCCCCUAUGUGUACACAAGUGGGAUAUAACUAAGAAAUGCCAUAGACAGAGUUAUUUUAUGUAGAAGUAAUUUCUGUUGGUAGCAAAAAUGAAAAUAUAUAAAUAAAUUAGCAGAUCAGGUCAGCUGAAGACCUAGGUAGUUCCAGCCAUCCAAUAGCAUUUCCUCAGAGGCAGGUACAAGUGCGCCGACUGUUCCGCCAAGCUCAUGUCAAAGUGCACAGGCCUUGGAACCGCCUAGUUCUGCAGUUGAGAGAUGCUGUGUAUAUUGCUUAGGGUGGGAUUGCCAUAUUUAUUCAUUUCACCUUUUACAUUGUUCUCCUGAAAGUGUCUCCUCGGCACAGUUUGUUUCCACCGGGAUGUGUUUAGCAUCCCAGCAGUCGCGAUGCUGGCAGUCAUGGGAUCGAUGCUGGAGUCCCGAAACCGCUCGGAAUAUCGGCGCUGGAACACCUACUGCUGCUAUCCCAAAGGUGAGUAUCGGGGGUCACUGUUAGGGGAUCGGUAUGGUAUCCCGACGUACGGGAUGCCGAAUGUCAUUUUACGGACAUCGGCAUCCCGAAUGGCGGAAUGCCGGCAGGGGGUGAGUGCAACGAAGCCCCUUGCGGGCUAGCGACUAACCAGCCCUCUAGUGCUCUAGGCACUAGAGGGGUGGUUAGUCGUAGGCCCGCCACUCCCGUAGUCUUAGCCCUAGCUGCCACCCCCGUAGUCUUAGCCCUAGCUGCCAUCCCCGUAGUCUUAUCCCUAGCUGCCAUCCCCGUAGUCUUAGCCCUAGCUGCCACCCUCGUAGUCUUAGCCCUAGCCGCCAUCCCCGGAGUCUCAGCCCUAGCUGCCAUCCCCGUAGUCUUAGCCCUAGCCGCCAUCCCCGUAGUCUUAGCCCUAGCCGCCAUCCCCGUAGUCUCAGCCCUAGCUGCCACCACCGGAGUCUUAGCCCUAGCCGCCAUCCCCGGAGUCUCAGCCCUAGCUACCACCCCAGGCUGGUUAGGGUACAGGACAGGUGAGGGAUAAAAUAAUUACCCCGUCCCCUGCUGGCAUUCUCGAUGUCGAGAUGCCGGUGUUGGUCAUGUGACCGCUGGCAUCCUGACAGCCUGGAUCCCAUACCCAACCCGUUUCCACCAACUUAUCUAAUGAAACAGUUCCAUCCUCUUAAAUGACUGCACAUUAGUGGGAAAUUAGGCACGCUUGUGCUUAACCACAGCUACCAAAGAAGACCCCCGGCCCGCCUGACUCCUCCCAAAUUGUGUACCUGACGGAUGCUAUCAUUUUACACUCCAAAUUCAUGCACCUCCCUGUAAAACAAGACUUCUUAUUUAUUUAGCGUGACCAUUUUACGCAGAGCUGUACAGGGAAUAUUUGUCCCACUUGUAACAAUUAAGCUGUUGCGCUGCGGUUUUUCACUUUUGUGGUUUGUUAAUGACCUUUAUAUGUGACAUACACAAAUAUUCAUAAUUGUGUAGUUAGCAAGGGACAGAAAUUCUAUAUUUGCAUUGAUGUUACCUCGUAUGGGUUCUGCCAGCCAGUAAUAAGAAUCAGGACUGUACACUGUGGCCAAGAAAACUGUAAAACAUAUAAAGUAUGGGAACUACUGAGCUUUAAAGUAUAAAAAGUUUGUUACUAUUGUUAGCACAUAGAUAUCACCCACUGGUUAUGUAUUAUACAACAAAACAGAAUUAUUCUAUUCAUCUAAGAUGUAGUUUUAUGCACAGAAAUCUAUUUUAUGUUCUGUGUACAUAAUUUAUUAUGUGUUUGCUGUCUGUGUGGUAUGUAGUGUUAGAUGAGGUGUUCUAGGCUUAUUCAUAGUGUGACAUGAAAUCAUUAUACAGUAUAAUGUAUAUUUAGUAGAGGAUUCCCAAAGUAUUUAUGUUAGUUUAUAUGGAUUGUUUACUAGUGUGGAUCUUCUUUUUACAUUGGUACAGUACAGUACAACACCAGUGGAUACACUCUGUCCGAGGGGAUGUGGUCAAUUUACCUACAAUCAAAAUCCCGGCGGUCAAAAUCCCGACAAGGUCAAAAUCCUGACAUUUAAAAUAUCAACAAGGUCAAAAUACAGACAUUUAAAAUGUCGACAGGUCAAAAAGUCGACGUGAUUUUUACAUGAUUUUUUCAUUGAAACCGACUUGUUCAUACUUUACCUUCCCAGUGGACCUGGAGGGUGAAUAUAAUAGUGUGCCCGAAGCAUGGUGAGCGCUGCGGUACACCUAUACGGUGUCCGUGUCGACCUAUGUCGACAUACAAAAAACCCCAAAAAACUUGUGUUUACUUUAUGACUUGUCGUCAUUUUAAAUGUCGGUAUUUUAACCUUGACGGUAUUUUGACCGUCGGUCAAUUGUUGUCGGGAUUUUGAACGUCAGAAUUUUGAGAGAGAUAAAGCACCAACCAAUCAGCUCUUAGCUGUCAUGUUACAUGCUAUGUUUGAAAAAUGACAGAAUCUGAUUGGUUGGCACAUAUUUAAUGAGUGACGGAAUGAUCUUGUUUCGUCCUUUGUUAGCAUACUGCAAGACGCUAGCGAUAUUGGGCCUAAUUCACAGUCGAUCAUAGCCGUUCAAAAUUUUGCACGGCUACGAUCAUUUACUCUGACAUGCGGGGGGACGCCCAGCACGGGGCUAAUCCGCCCGCAUGUCAGGCCCUACCCCCCCUGCACAAGUACAAAAUUGCAUGGCGGCAAUGCUUUUGUACUUUACGAGUAGCUCCCUACUUGUGCAGCUCCUGUGCGCUGGCAGGGAGCUACCCGUCACUGUCCGGGUCGCAGCGGCUGCGUGUGACUUCACACAGCUGCCGCGGCCCACCCCACGCACAGUCCGGGUACGCCUGCGUUGCCCGGACCGCGUCCCUUAAAUGGCGGCCAAAUGCCGCCGGCCCGCCCCCUCCCGCCCAACGACCACCUCUGCCUGUCAAUCAGGCAGAGACGAUUGCGGCGCUGAGAUGGCCAUUUUGUGUAAUAAAACAAUAUAAAUAUGAGUUGAUAAGCCGUAUUUUCAGGACAAUAGCUGACUCCACUGUAGGUAUCAACAGUUACAUUAUUCCUUUUCAUUGCAAGUUGCGUUGCUUGGUCAGGUAGACUAGCGAUCAAUGUAUAUUUAGAAAAUAAGACGUUUGUGGUUUUAUUCUUUGAGGUGUGAAAAACAAACUUACCAAUUGGUGUGUUAUAUAAAGUGAUUUCUAUAACUGGCCGGGAUUGACUGAGUUAAAAUAUUCCAAAUAUGAAAUGUGCAAUUCACUUGUUUUUCCAAGAGCACUUUUUGUGUGUGUUUAUUUAGUGUUCCUUACAAGACUUUUAUAUGCGUUUGUAUUUUGUACUGUUUGUUUACAAUUCUGAUUUUGAAUAAAUGUUUACAAUGUACAA